AUGGUGCACCUUCGUUCUUGGUCACCAGUGCUCCUGGUGUCGAUCGUCACGCGCACAUUUCUCCUCGCAGCUUUCUCGCAAGCAGCCGAGACUCAGUGCUAUGCCCCCAACGGUACUGCCACGGACUGGUCUUCCGUUGGCGAUGAUCUGCGAAUAUAUGCGUGUCCCCCAGGAGACGACGGCUUCGCAACGUGUUGCGUGGGCGGCGAUUUUUGCCAUCCGGACAACCUGUGCUACAAUCUCCACGACGGAUAUCCAGUCGUCCACAGACAGUACUGUACAGAUCCGACCUGGAAAUCGUCAAAUUGUAGCCCUUUGUGCCGAGAUGACCAGGACGUGCGGGCUCCCUCCGAUGCGGCAGCGCCGCUUACUCCGUGUAGCGAUGGAAAGUUCUGUUGUGGGCUAAACAACGAUGAUUGUUGUAGCUCUCAUUCCGGCGAGUACGCAGUAGCUGGAGUGAAGGUCGGGGAGGGAAUAACUUUUUCAGCAACAGUAUCGACCUCUUCAUCAUCGAGCACGACGACAUCUCCCGUCGAAGCAACUACUUCUUCCACAUUACCAGCAAGUUCAAGUCAAGUUCCGUCGACGCCAGCCACAGGGCAGAGAGAAGGACUUGGCGCCGGCGCAAUAGCCGGUAUUGUCGUUGGUAGUUGUCUGAGCACGGGGCUGAUCACUGCGAUUGUCACAGCCAUGUUUGUUCGGCGAAGUCAGAUCCGAGCUCAAUCUCAGAACUCGAGUAAUAGUCCGACGCCGGGACCUCACAGCGGAUUCUUCGAGGUGAAAACAAACGAACUUCAUACAAACACUCGUCGUCCUGAAUUACCCACGGAUACCCGGCAUGAACUUGGUUCGUAG